GCAUAGAGCAGAUUGCUCUUUCUUAUCCCCAUCGAUCUCCAUCUACAAUACAAGAGGUGGGAAGCAACGCAACACGAACCAGCAACGAUGGCCGCUGUCGUCGCUGCCGCCGUUACUACUCUGCCCAACGUUUCGUCCACUCCCAGCAGUCUCACGAAUCCGAAACACUCGUCUUUUUUCAUCCUUCCGUCAUCUUCUUCUUCCCUGUCUUACCCUUCACUCUUUCUCAAUCGCUGGAAUAACUUUCUUACUGUAACUUCCCGAGGGUCCGCGUCGCAAUCAACCCGCAUCGAGGCUGCCUCCGCUGUUGCUGAUGCAGAUAUUGAUAUCGAUACCGAGGAAGAAUCUGCCGCUUCGCAGCCCUCCACAAAGCCCAAGGCAGGCAAGGCGGCGCUGCCCCUCAAGAGGGAUAGAGGGCGUUCGAAGAGGUUCUUGGAGAUUCAGAAGCUGAGGGAGAGCAAGAAGGAGUAUGAUGUGUCGACUGCUGUGUCGCUGCUGAAGCAGAUGUCAAACACUAGGUUUGUGGAGUCCGUGGAGGCGCACUUCCGGCUCAAUAUUGACCCCAAGUAUAAUGAUCAGCAGCUCAGGGCUACGGUUAAUUUGCCGAAGGGGACCGGGCAAACUGUUAGAGUUGCUGUUCUUACUCAAGGGGAAAAGGUUGAUGAAGCAAAAAACGCUGGAGCUGAUAUAAUUGGGGGAGAAGACUUAAUUGAACAAAUUAAAGGUGGAUUCAUGGAUUUUGAUAAACUAAUUGCCUCUCCAGAUAUGAUGCCCAAGGUAGCCAGUUUGGGAAAGCUUUUAGGACCUCGAGGGUUGAUGCCAAAUCCGAAAGCUGGUACGGUUACUGCAGAUAUACCUCUGGCUAUCCAAGAGUUCAAGAAAGGAAAAGUUGAAUACCGUGUAGAUAAAACUGGAAUUGUUCACUUGCCUUUUGGAAAGGCAAACUUUCCAGAAGAGGACCUUAUUGUUAACUUUAUGGCUGCAGUUAGAUCUGUAGAAGUAAACAAGCCUCCUGGUGCAAAGGGAGUCUACUGGAAAAGUGCACACAUUUGUUCGUCCAUGGGACCUUCUAUUAAACUGAACAUUAGAGAGAUGCUCGACUACAAGGCCCCUACGCCUGCGUAGAGGCAAUUGUUGUGUUGCUUCGAUUAAAGAUUCAAUUGUCCCACAUAGUUUCAGCAUGCACAGCAAUACUGUCUUAGCCCACAGGAAAGGUAGGUAUAUUGUUAUGGUCUGACCUGUGAGUUAAAAUUUUUGCUGAUGUAAUUAGGGCUGUUGGAAAGAGGCUCGUUACUAUAGGAUCUUGCUGUAUUCUUCUUUGUAGUAAACAGGUAUAUUACAUCUUCCCAAACCAUGAGAAGGCAAGAUUUGGAGUGGCAUACUUGUUUUUGUUUA